AUGGAUCUUGACACAGCUGAUUCAGAACCAUGGAAUAUGUGGUUUGAUGGGUCAAAAGCUAAUGGUCUAGCUAGGAUUGGUGUUGUAAUCAAAUCACCACAAGGGGCAAAAACUACGCACGGUUUUAGAAUUGAUGAAACCACUUGUUCCAAUAAUCAAGCUGAGUAUGAAGCUUUAGUUAUGAGACUUGAAAUACUUAUUGAUUUACAGGUUCAUGUAGUUAACAUAUUUGGAGAUUCUCAAUUGACCAUUACUGUGGACAAUGGGACUGUGUUUGAUGGAAAGCUAGUAAAAGCUUUCACAGCAGAAUAUGGAAUUAGCCUUGUCAAUUCCACCCCCUAUUAUGCACAAGCAAAUGGUCAGGCAGAGUCAUUGAACAAAUCCUUGAAGAAGGGGAUGCCGAAGGUUGUAGAAGACAAUCCUAGAGAUUGGCACAACUUGUUGUUAGAUGUGUUGUGGGCUUAUAGGACUUCCCAAAGAUCAAGUACUAGAAUUACUCCCUAUGCCUUAGUAUAUGGGCACGAUGCAGUGCUUUCUAUGGAGAUCAAUAUUAAGUCACUGAGUGUAAAUGCCAAGACCAUCUAA